AUGAAUAGCCCAUUGCAAGAAGAAAUCUUAGAAUUACAAUGGCACACAUUAUUUUGUGGCGACAAUAUAGAAAGAUCUUCGUUGUUACAACAAAGGUCUAGUUUACCUAUCUCUUCACCUUCGAUAAAAUCUCCUUCUACUAGUUUAACAGUAAACAUUCAUGGUGGUGAUAAUGAUAAUGUCAUUACAGAUUUUGACAGUGAUAUCAAUAACAAUGAUUGGGAAAAUAUUUUAAAAAAUCUUUCUUACAUACUUGUUUGGUAUUUUUUCUCUACUGUUUUAUCAUUUUACAACAAGAAUUUAAUGGGAAAAGAUAGUUUCAAUUUAAAUUUACCAUUACUUAUAAGUGUUAUACAUUCCGGAAUGCAUUCUAUUAUAUCGUUUGUCUUAAUGAAUGAUAUUUUACCAUUUCUUUAUGAAAGAAAAAAAGGAAAAUCAAUAUCAAUGCAUAGCUAUGUCACUAGAGUUAUUCCAUGUGCUGUGACUGCUGGAUUGGAAAUAUGUAUGGCUAAUGCAUCUCUUGUAUAUGUGACACUCAGUUUUUAUACUAUGGUAAAAUCAUCUACACCAAUUUGGGUUUUGCUUUUUGCAUUUUUAUUUCAUUUAGAACAACCAAGGAUUUUGCUUAUAUUGAUAAUAGCAGUGAUAAGUAUAGGUGUGAUAUUGACAGUAGCAGGAGAAACAAAAUUUGACCUUAUAGGGUUUUUAUUAGUGUUGAGUGCAGCAAUUAUUAGUGGUUUGAGAUGGACAUUGACACAAAUAUUGUUGCAAAAAGAGGAAGGAAUAGAUGAUCCAAUCUCAACACUUUAUUACAUCUCACCUGUAAUGUUUGCCUUGAUGCUUAUUCUUUCUUUAAUAUUCGAAAAUCCUUUAUUCGUCUUCAGUACUUCUAUGCAUUUCCAUGAUUUUACAACUAGCUUACAAACAUUUGGUUUGAUGUUAAUAGGUGGCUUGCUAGCCUUCUGUAUGACCGUGGCUGAAUUUGCUUUAAUCAAAAAUACAAGUACUGUCACACUAUCUGUAGCUGGCAUUAGCAAAGAAGUGCUUAUCAUCACUCUUUCUGUCAUUAUUUAUCAUGAUGUAAUGACUUCUAUAAAUUUAUUGGGGCUUGUAAUUUCAAUUUUUGGAAUAGCAGCAUAUAAUUACUACAAAUUACAUAAACCAACUGAUACAAAUCAUUAUCAAUCAUUGCCACUAAAAUCUUCAUCAAUAGACAAAUAG